AUGCCUAUCCCACCACUUAUAUCUUCAAACUUACCUUCAUCAACAGGUCCAUACCAAGUAGGCUACGUACCCCUCUCGCAUAAACCCAUAACACCCUUUUCGCACCCUCAGCCGACAUUCGUCGAGACUGGAUCUCCCGCAUUGAAAGUCCACGAUAUAAGCUAUUCGGUAUUCUACCCUACCGAUGCGAAGAGAGGGGCGAAGGGAGUGAGCUGGGUGCCGCAGCCUUUCUGGGGAGUCGUUAAAGGAUAUGAGCUGUUUUUGCAAGGGAAGACCGGACAGGUGUCUAGUAGAGGCAUGAGGUGGCUAGCUAGUACGUUGGGAUACAUAGCUGGUAGAUUACGAAUCCCAGUCCAUCCAUACGCCUCUCUCCUCCCUCCCACCUCAGCAUCAGGUAAAUACCCACUAGUGAUCUUCUCACAUGGUCUGGCGGGUACUCGACAUACCUACUCCCAAUUUUGUGCUGGUCUAGCUUCGGAGGGGUACGUGGUAUUAGCCUUGGAACAUAAAGACGGAAGUGGACCUGCUGUUUGUUUGUCGUCUGAGGAAGGGAAUGGAGAUGGGAAGGUGUUGCAUUAUAUCAGACAGGGUGAUAUCAAAUGGGCAUCAGGUGAAGACAAAUCCUUGACUCAUUUCCGAGCUCUUCAACUCGAUAUCCGUUCAAGGGAGAUCUACGAAUCUUACCAUACCUUCAAAAACCUAAUCACAAACAACUUUUUGGAGGGUAAUAACGCUUAUAACAUACUGAGCGAAGUGGGUGAUAAUAAGGAAAAACAGAAGGAUGUAGAGAAGAAGAAACAGUGGAUCGAUAAUUUGAAGGAUAAGGUGGAUUUUGAGGAUUUGAAAUUGACAGGACAUAGCUUUGGAGGUGGAACAGUUCUGCACAUCCUCCAAACAUCUUCACCGGACCCUACCAACCUCCCAUCAUUACCUAUCAAACAUGCGAUAGCUCUUGAUCCAUGGCUCGAACCUAUCCCCUUACCAUCCUCCUCUACCAAAUCGCAUCCCACCAUGCCCCCUAUACUAGUUAUCAACUCUAUAGGCUUUACUGAAUGGUCCAGUCAUUUCACUAGGUUGGUAGGUAUGAUCAAAAGUGCUCAAGGGAGUUUACUCAGUAUAGUCGGUGUUGGGCACCAAUCAUUCUCUGAUUUCCCAUUACUUGAUCCCCGAUCUCACAAUUCCGCCAAACUGCUCUUAAAUAAGAUUCACGAUCUGUCGACUUUCUUCCUCCAAGGGAAAUUGAACGAAUCUGUCGAUGUGAAGGGUAAGGCAGUCGACGGAGGGAAGUUGGUUAAAGAUGAGAAUGGGAAAUUGGGUGAUAAAGAGGGUGAAGUGAUUGUACAUCUCCUAGGCAAGGAAUAG